AUGUGCUUUCCGUGGUUUUUAUUAUUUUUGGUGACGUUUUUUAUUAGGCGACGGCGUUUCAACGCGCAUGCGUCUUCGGCGAUUUUCUUCCACACGAGCCUGGCGAAAAUGGCGGAGCAAAGUUCCGUGCCGAGUGAUCUUUACAAACAUGUCUAUUCAUUUCUACUGGAGAACAAGUUUACCAAGGCUGCCCAACACUUCAUCAAACAAGCUAAAGUGCCACCCCAGGAUGAAAAAGAAGCCGCUGGUCUUCUUGACAUUUUCAACUUCUGGGUGAAGUCUCCCGAAGCUAAGAAACGCAAGGCGCUGCCCAUCGGUCCUGGAUCCAGUGGCAGUCCGUCUGCUAAGAAGGCAAAGACUGCAGAGAGCUCCAGUGAGGAGUCGAGCAGUGAGGAGGAGGGAGCUGCAGCACCUGCCAAGGCCACACCCACAGCAGCCAAGGCUCCACGCCCUGCUAAAUCAGAUUCCAGCAGCAGUGAUGAUUCCAGUGACGAAGAGGAGGAGGAGGCUGUAGCGAAGAAACCUGCAGCAGCCAAAGCCCCAGUGAAGAGCCCAGUGGUGUCAGCAGCCAAAGCCCCAUUGAAGAGCCCAGUGGUGUCAGCAGCCAGGACAAAGAGUUCCAGCAGUGAGUCAUCAGAAGAUGAGGCCAAAGCUCCUGCAGCUAAACGAAAGGCUCCUGCCGCGACCCCUAAGGCAGGAAAGGCUGCAGCCGCGACCCCUAAGGCAGCAGCUCAGAAGAAGACUGCGAGCAGCAGCAGCAGUAGUGAAGACAGCUCCAGUGAAGACGAGGCGCCCACUAAGACCCCGGUGAAACCUCCUGGCCCCGUCAAGACCCCUCCAGCUAAGGACAGUAGUUCCUCGGACAGCAGUGAUGACAGCAGCGAUGAGGAGGAGGAGAAGAAGAAGAAGAAGAAAGUGUCAGCUAAAACAGUCAAAACCACCCCAGCCAAGACUGUGACCCCCAAACCUGCUGCAGCUGCUAAGACGGCAGAGUCCAGCUCUGAGAGCACAGACUCCAGCUCUGAAGAAGAAGCAGCAAAGAAGCCAGCAGCAAAGAAGGCUACCCCAGCGAAGGCUACCCCAGCGAAGGCUACCCCAGCGAAGGCUACCCCAGCGAAGGCUACCCCAGCGAAGGCUACCCCAGCGAAGGCUACCCCAGCGAAGGCUACCCCAGCAGAAGACUCUGACUCCAGCUCUGAGGAUGAAGAAGAGGCUAAGAAGCCAGAAGUAAUAAGGGUUAAGUCCACAGCUGUCAAAGUAACUGUUACCCCUGCCAAGGAAGACUCUUCCUCAGACUCCAGCUCAGAGGAGGAAGAGGAGGAGAAGGGUUCGAAGACUGUGAAAGUGGCGCCAGCUACAGCAACCGUAACUGUGGCAGAGGUGAAGGAGCGGGGGGCCAAGACUGUGACUGUAGCGGGGGCCAAGGCUACUGUGAAGGUGGUGGAAGACGGCUCCUCGAGCUCAGAGGAUGACGAAGAGGGGACAGUGAAAGCAGCACCAGCUAAGGCGACUCCUACCGUGACCCGAGGCAAGGCUGCUGAAUCCUCCUCGGACUCCGACUCGAGCUCAGAAGAUGAGGAAGAGGCUAAAAAACCAGCAGCCAAGGUGACUCCAGCGAAGACUGCCCCAGCUAAGAAAUCAGACUCUUCCAGCUCUGACUCUGACAGCAGUUCUGAGGACGAGACACCAGCUAAACCUGCUGCAGCUGCUCCCAAGGCCCCAGCCAAGGCUGCUACAGAAAACAGCUCGGACUCCGACUCUUCUUCUGAAGAUGACGAACCCCCAGCUAAGAAGGCUACCCCGGCCUCUGUUGCUAAAUCAGCUUCCAAACCAGCAACCCCGGUUCCUAAAUCGGCUUCCAAACCAGCAACCCCGGUUCCUAAAUCGGCCUCCAAACCAGCAACCCCGGUUACUAAACCAGCUGCAGGGGAGAGCAGCUCGGACUCCGACUCUUCUUCUGAAGAUGACGAACCCCCAGCUAAGAAGGCUACCCCGGCCUCUGUUGCUAAAUCAGCUUCCAAACCAGCAACCCCGGUUCCUAAAUCGGCCUCCAAACCAGCAACCCCGGUUACUAAACCAGCUGCAGGGGAGAGCAGCUCGGACUCCGACUCUUCUUCUGAAGAUGACGAACCCCCAGCUAAGAAGGCUACCCCGGCCUCUGUUGCUAAAUCAGCUUCCAAACCAGCAACCCCGGUUACUAAAGCAGCCGAGAGCAGUUCAGACUCCGACUCUAGCUCAGAUGAGGAUGAGGCCAUAGCUAAGAAGGCUACCUCUAAACCAGCCACACCAGUGGUGACUAAAUCAUCCUCUAAACCAGCCACCCCAGUGGUGACUAAAUCAGCCCCAGCCAAGGCAGCAGCCGAGAGCAGCUCCGAUUCAGACAGCUCGGACUCGGAGGACCAGGCGGCUGCUACGAAGAAGACCACCCCCAAGACCACCCCCAAACCUGCAGCCAAGAGUCCUGCCGUCAAGACACCGGCUAAAGCUGCAGAGUCGUCAUCGUCCGAGGAGAGUAGCUCUGAGGAAGAGGAGGCCAGUAAAAAGACUGUGAAACCCGCUGCCGCCCCCAAGACCACCCCCAAGACCACCGCAGCAGCCAGACCUAAAGCCAAGGAGGACAGCAGCUCUUCAGAUGACUCCAGUGAUGAAGAGGCAGCGCCCAAACCAGCAGCAGUGAAGGCUACAACACCAGCCUCGGCUAAAAAGGCAGCCGAAAGCAGCUCCGACUCUUCCGACAGUUCCGACUCGGAGGUGGAGACAGAGGCCGCCAAGACGACGCCCGCUAAGCCUGUUCUGACCAAUGGAAAGCCAGCUACAGCCAAAGCAACAACCUCUGCAGUCAAGGUAACGAAACCGACCAAGGCUGCCGAGUCUUCCUCUUCCGAGGAGAGUAGCUCUGAGGAAGAGGCCAGUAAAAAGACUGUGAAACCUGCCGCCACCCCCAAGACCACCCCAGCAGCCAGACCUAAAACCAAGGAGGCCAGCAGCUCAUCAGACGACUCUUCUUCGUCUGAAGAAGAGGAGGCAGCGGAGAAAGCACCGGCAGCAGUCACCACUCCCAUCGCUAACGGCAUUGUAAACGGUAAGAGAAAAAGGGAUGGAGGAGCCUCGGAGGAUGAGGAAGAAUUAACGACACCUAAAAAUAACAAGGCAGCAGCAACAACAACACCACAGACGUUCCCUAAAGUCUCUAAGAAGAUCAAUGUGCCUUUCCGUAGAAUAAGAGAGGAGGAAAUUGAUGUGGAUAACCGACUGGCUGACAACUCCUUCGACGCCAAGCGCGGGUCGGAUGGAGACUGGGGCCAGAGGGCCAAUGACGUGCUCCGCUUCACCAAGGGGAAGUCCUUCCGUCACGAGAAGACCAAGAAGAAGAGGGGUAGCUACUGUGGAGGAGCCAUCUCCCAGUCCGUCAACUCCAUCAAGUUCGACAGCGACUGAGAACCUAGUCAUCGUUUGUCACUACCCCUCUUCCUCCCCUCUCGACCCAGGACUAUCUGAGGACCAGGACGGUCUGCCCCCCUCCCCCGACCUCCCCCUCAGCAGAAACCUGACUGAGCUGAAGAUCGUGAACUGAACUAGAGCUGAGACUGCUGCACUCACAUAAGUGGCUGGUGAUUUGUAGUUCGUACGCCUGUGUUAAUUAAACCAGUCCUUUUAAAAUGCACAUUUCUGUAAUGGUGGAAUGACGCUGUAGAAGUGGAGACUAGCUUUCCUUGAAAUGGCACGCAGUCAAGACACCUCCCAUAUGUCCUAAACUGCACCCUAUUCACUAUGUAAUGCACUACUUUUAACCUGAUCGAAAGUAGGGCACUACUUUUAACCUGAUCGAAAGUAGGGCACUACUUUUAACCUGAUCGAAAGUAGGGCACUACUUUUAACCUGAUCGAAAGUAGGGCACUACUUUUAACCUGAUCAAAAGUAGGGCACUACUUUUAACCUGAUCAAAAGUAGGGCACUACUUUUAACCUGAUCGAAAGUAGGGCACUACUUUUAACCUGAUCGAAAGUAGGGCACUACUUUUAACCUGAUCGAAAGUAGGGCACUACUUUUAACCUGAUCGAAAGUAGGGCACUACUUUUAACCUGAUCGAAAGUAGGGCACUACUUUUAACCUGAUCGAAAGUAGGGCACUACUUUUAACCUGAUCGAAAGUAGGGCACUACUUUUAACCUGAUCGAAAGUAGGGCACUACUUUUAACCUGAUCGAAAGUAGGGCACUACGUAGGGAAUAGGGUGCCGUUUAGAACAGAAGAAAGGCUGCAGAGGGGAGGUGUCUUGGCUUGUCUCCCCUUGUGCCUUCAGGACUGAUCACAAAGGAGUCAUGUACAACAUAUAGCCACCAGGUGGCUGUAGUCAGCCACAGUUAAAUAUAAAUUCAACCUGUUUUCAGAUUUUUCUCUCGGCCACUUAAUCUGUUGCUUGUUGUGAAAUCGUUAGCCUGGAUCUCAUACAUUAUGUCCAGUGAUAUUUUUUUAUUCCCCACCCCCCAGUCGUAAAUUUAAAUUCUGUUUCUUGUUUAUUGUAGUUUGCAUUGCGGGGAAAGGGGUUAUUCGUUUGGAUUUUUUUGGUGUUGUCAGGAAAUUGACUUUUUGUAUGGAACAUGCAGACCUGUGGGGUUUUGUUUUGAGGGUUGAAUGAAAUGUUAUUUUAGUAUGAUUUAUUAUGGGGUGGAUAUUUCAUAGUGGGUGCGUUCCAGGCUGACUACAUUUGCAGUGGCCCAACCAGAUCUCACGCCUGGAUAAGGAUUCAACCACUGCAAUGUUAGUCAGCCUGGAACGCACCCGUUUUAGAUCAGUAUUUAAGUUUUUUUUUUUUGCCUGGGAUCAUCCAACUGUUAUUACAAGCUGCAGUCUAAAAAUAACUUCCUGGGUCGUGUUCAGUGGGAUGUACUGAAACAAAACGUUUUGAAAUGGUAAACACCAUCUGAAAUGGUACCCCGUUCACUAGUGGUCGUAAGUAGUGUACUGUAGGGAAUACGCUGCCAUUUCAGUUGUGAUGUUGAUUCCUGCUUGAAGUCAAAACUGCCAGCCUAUUGGGUUUGGUGGUUCAUUGGUUCAGCAGCCAACCACAAGUUGUUUUUAAUUUUGUGAAUUUUCAAUUUCAUGUUUCUAAUUGAGUAUUGUUAUUACUUGAAUAAAAUACCUAGUUGUUCCAA